AAUUUAAAAGUCAUUGAAAAGCCCAUUCUAGCUAAAGAUGAACUACCAGUCAUUUGUUUAAUUUAUUUCAGAGACUUCGUCAUACUCACUGAUACUUAAGAUUUAGCCCUUUUUUUCAUCAUCAUGACACUUUUCCAUUGUUUUUCUCUAAGCAAUGUAAGCAUGCAGUGAAUUUCCUUAAUGCCAUCCUUAGAUUCGGACAAGAGUGACCUAUGCUCUACUCUAGGUCUUGCCCUUUUGAGAAACCUGAAUAUCAGACAUGAUUCAAUUUAUACAACACAAGUGUAUGCACACACGGAAUUGCACAUACACACACAAGCAUAGACACACACAACAUUUUUAAAAAGCAUCUAGUACCCACAUCACUUAGGAUCUAGUACUCAGUGCUCACAUAUGGCCCAAUAACUCUAAAUAUACAUACUCAUUCGUAAUUCCAUUUGGUACCCAGGGAAAUAUUUCUCCACAUCUCUUGCUUUCAGUCCCCUACAAAAAAGUGACUGUACCUGAUGACACGAAGGAGACGUUGCCUUGGAAUGUAGGGGAUUUGAGCUGCAGAGGAAAGAGAAGACACAUUAAUUGCCUAGUAAACCCUUCCUCAGGACAGCAGGAAUGCAAUAGAUUCUUACAAAAUGAAAUACCAAUAGUACCCAGUGUCCAUUCUCUUGCUUGUCUUUACGUAACAAUUAGUGAUUCAGGAGGGACUCAUAAAUUAUGAUGGACAUUGGCAAUAGUUGUACAUGGAGGCUGGAAAAUAUUUCUCAAUAUUAAUCAAUUUAUUUUACUCUUAAAUCUUAAUUUAUGUUGGUCUAGACAUAUGCUGGAAGUGUGAUACAUUUUUUUUACAUUGUCAUCCAUAUGAACCUUGUAAGAUAGAAUUGCAUGUAAUUUUACUUUUAUAAACAUUUUUAAUGUUUAAUACUUUUUUAAUUAAAAGGUUAAGUAUAUACUUUAUUUAAAUACUGUCAGUUUAAAUUUGAUAUUAAUUAUGCUACACAUGUUGUCUUUUAAUUUUGAUAGAUAACAUUGUAUAAAAUAUUUCAUGUUUUUUGAAAAUACAAAAUAUGUAAUAUUUUUAACAUUUACUUUAGAUUACAUUUUUUGUGAAAAUAUUUUCAAAAUUUCUAGACUUUGAAUACAAUUAUAUUUUGUUUUUAAUCUUUUAGAUCAGGGUUCAGCAAACCUUUCUGUAAAAGACCAGAGAGUAAAUAUUUUAGGUUUUGUAGACCAUAUAGUUCCUAUCACAACUAUUCAGACUUGCUAUUACAGCAUGAAAGUGCCAUAUACACUUUGUAAACAAAUGAGCAUCAUUGUGUUCUAAUAAAACUUUAUUUACAAAAGUAGGUGGUAGGCCGGAUGCAGUGGCUCACGCCUGUAAUUCCAGCACUUUGGGAGGCCGAGGCGGGCAGAUCACGAGGUCAGGAGAUCGAGACCAUCCUAGCUAAAACAGUGAAACCCCAUCUCUACUAAAAAUAUAAAAAAUUAGCUGGGUGUGGUGGUGGGUGCCUGUAGUCCCAGCUACUCGGGAGGCUGAGGCAGGAGAAUGGCGUGAACCUGGGAGGCGGAGCUUGUGGUUAGCCGAGAUCGCGCCACUGCACACUCCAGCCUGGACGACAGAGCAAAACUCCAUCUCAAAAAAAAAAAAAAAAAAAAAAAAAAGAAGCAGGUGGUAGGCCAGAUUUGGUCCAUAGGCUACAGUUUGCCAACUCCCACUUUAGAUUAUUUAUGAUGAGAAAACCUCCACUUCUAGUCAUGAGGGACAACUAGAUUUAUCAUCUCACUUUAAACAACUAGAAUACUGAGUAAAAUAUGUGAAAAAUAGUUUUUAGACAUUGGAUAACAGACAGCAUAAGAUAAUGAUCUUUGAGAGGAAGGAAAGAAAUACAGUAAGCCCUACAAUUGCUCCAGCUUAAUGCUGGGUAGAAAAUUGGCAGGCGGCAGCACAAAGAGGAGGAAACGCCAACAGACCAGUGUUCUCACUGAGUUGAUAUGUCAUAGUUUAGAGUUCAGGGAGGCAGCAAAAUAUUGGAGAAGAUAUUGCUGCACAGAGGGAAAUUGGGGAAGAAUGAAUGAGAGCUACGAAGAUCUGUAAAAAUGUCUUCAGGAGUCUUUAGCUAAUGUGUGGUUUAUGUAUGUAUGUAAAAGAGUUACCCAAGAUUAGGAAAAGAACACCCAGAAAGGAGCAGGCAGCACAGGCUGUCCCCAGUGCUAACACAAGGCUGGGGAUAUUUCAUGUUUCCAGCAGCAAGAGGGCAAAAUUCUCCAAAUUCAGAGAUCAUUAAGUAGAGUCCUCAAAAGACUAUAUUCUUGGUUGCAAAGGCAUUGCCCUAAAUUAUAAAGUCUGCUUCACUCAUGCUAACAAAGCCAAUGUCAGAGGAAUCCAAUUCCAGGUAACUCAACUAUACCCUAAAACAAAGUUCAACUAUACGUAAAGGACUUAACAAAUCCAGCUCCCAUUAAAGUAAAAUUUACAAUGCUCAGAAUCCACUCAAAAGUUACCAAAAUGCAAAAGACAUAGGAAAAUAGGACCCAUAAAGAGUAGAAAUAUAAUUGACAAGACCAGACUCAGAAAUGACACAAAUGAUAGAAUUAUCAGAAAAGGAGAUAAAACACCUACUAUAAAUGUACCCCAUAUGCUCAAGAAUGUAGAGGAAAAGAUGAAUGUGAUGAGGAAAGAAAUGUAGAUAUGAAAAAUAAACAAAUUCGACUUCUACAAAUGAAAGUAUAAUAUCUGAAGUGAUAAAUAUACGGGAUUGGAUUAACUGUAGAUAAGAUACUACCGAAGGAAAUACCAAUAAGGUUGAAUGCAGACAUAGAAACUAUUAGAAAUAAGACAGAGGAAAAGACUAAAAAGUAAAUGAGGAAAGCUUCAGGGAACUGUGUGAUAAUAUUAAACAGUCAAACACAUCUAGAGAUGUAGUCCCAGAAGAGAUUAGGAAGGAGGGAAUGGUAAUAGAAAAAUGUUAAAAGAAAUAAAGUCUGAAACUUUUUCAAAUUUGAUGAAAAUGAUAAAACCAUGGAUUCACAAAGCUCAAAAAAAAAAACCUUGUAAAAGAGACAAGAAGAAAAUCACACCAAAGUACAUUAUUAUCAAAUUGCUAGAAAAUAGUGAUAGCAAAUCUUAAAAGCUGCCAGAGAAAAAGAAGAAACAUUCUGCACAGAGGAAUAAAAUUAAGAAUGACCACAGUCUUCUCUUCAGAAAUUAUGCAAGCCAGAAUGGAGUAGAGCAACAUCUUUACAGUACUUAAAGAAAAAAUAUAUCAACUUAGAAUUCUAUACCCAGCAAAAAUAUAUUUCAAAAAGAAAACACAAUACUUUUUCAGACAGACAAAAGUCAAGAGAGUUUAUUUCCAGGGGAUGUGUAAUAUAAGAAAUAUUAAUGAAAGUAGUGUAAAGAAUGAGAGAGAGGAAAUAUAAGUAUACUGUUAUAAUAUCCCUACACUGUACUUUAAGUGGAUUGUAAUAUUAUUUGAAGGUAAACUGUAAUAUGUUAAAUAAAUAUGUAUAUUUUUAAUCCUAGAGAAACUGCUAUGAAAACAAAAAGUAAAACAAAGUGGCAUUACUAACAAGCCAAUAAUGGAGAUAAAAUGGGCAAUAGAAAACAACAACAAAAAAUUCAAUCCAAAAGAAAGAAGGAAAAGCUUAAAAGUGAGAAAAAGAACAUAUGGGCAGUUAGAAAACAAAUAAUAAAGUGGUAGAUAUAAACCGAACCAUACUGACAAUGACAUUAAAUUUAAUGACCUAAACACUCUAAUAAAGCAAAGAUUGUCAGACAGAAUAAAAUACAAGGUCCAACUAUACGCUCUGUACAAGAAACUCACUUUAAUAUAAUAACAUGAAUAAGUUAAAAAAUUAAAAGAUGCAAAAAAAGACAUAUUAUGCUAACACUAAUUGAAAAAAACAUAAAUGAUUAUCAGAGAAAGUUGAUUUAGGAGUAAGGAAUAAUGCAAAGGAUACAGAGGGACAUUUUAAAAUAGAGGGAUCAAUUCAUCAAGACAACAUAAUAAUCCUAAAUAUGAUGCACCUAAUACUAAAGUUCUAAAAUAUAUAAGGCAAAAACUGAUAGAACUGAAAUGGGAGAUGGGCAAAUCUAAAAUUAUACUAGGGAUUUCAGCUCUUCUGUCUUGAUAGUUGAUAGAACAAAUAGACCGUCAGAAAGGAUACAGAAAAUUUCAAACACUUUCAAUCAGCUUAACCUAUUUGACAUUUAUAAAACAGUGCAACCAACAAAAGUAGAACGUUAUUAUUUCAAGUUCACAAGGAACUGUCACCAAGAUAAACCAUAUUCUGAGCCAUAAAAUAAGUCUCAAUAAAUUUACACUACAUUCUUUAACCACAACAGAUUCAAAUAUGAAAUCAGUAACAGAAAGGCAUCUGGAAAAUCCCUGAUCAUUUGGAAAUUAAACAACAUUUAGAUCAUUUUUGUCAAUUGAAUGAAAAUGAUGAGAAAGCCUUAUAGAUCAGAGCUCGUUGUUGUUAGACGGAGUCACUUCUGAUAUUCUUAAUUCAUUUUUAUAUUGUUUUCCCGAAGCUCAGCAUUAAAUAUUUAAAGAUUUUUUGAGACUAGUCAAAAUUCUACUGUCCAGAUAGAUUGAGCAUAAUGUUAUGAAACAAGUGUUAUUCUUUUCAUAUAUUAUAUAUUAUCAUAUGUCUUUUCUCUCUUUCUCUCUCUUUCUCUCUCUCAGAUAGGGAGGGAAAAGACCCUCUGUGGAGCAUGCUGACUGAGUAUAUUUCAACUUAUUAAUACUAGACUAAGUGACCAAACAUACAGCUGAGCUGGUAUAUAAUGAGACCAUAUAUGUUUACAGAAUGCCUGUUUUUGACAUUUAGGGAUUCACCCAGCUGCCUGCAGAGAAAUGAUUAAAGAUAAGACUCAACAUCUUGUAUUACUUUGUGUAGAACAUAUUAAUUUAUGCCAAGUCAACACAUAUUUAUUAAGCAACUACUAUAGUUGUAUAGACAGCAAAGAAAUCAGUAAUCAGUGUUUAUUUCACACUCUGAAGAGACUUUUAAUCAUGUAAGUACAUAGUCAAAUAUAAGACAGAACAAGAAUAAGGUAGGCACAAAGUGUUGUGGGGAUCCAGAAGAUUAUGGCUCCUUGGGGGAGAUCUGGGCCUUAAAGUACAAGUAGUCUUUAGUCCUUGCACAGAAAGGUUCUUGAGGUAAAGGAGGCAACAGUUGAUGUUUCAGAGAAAGCAUCAUCAAUAAACACACACACACACACGAGUGCUAGCUGUAUUAAGGGAAUACUAAAUCACUUACUUUAUCUGGAGUUCAGAUUCCUUCACACUAUAUUAAGAGUAACAGUGGGAUAAGAUUGGAAAGGUAGAUUGGGGGCUUAUUCAAGAGGAACUUAGAAUAUGGAACUGGGUAUUUGUAAUUCAAAGGACAUUGUUAAUGUAGAGAUGUUCACAUUAGUUUACCAGAGCUAUCACUAUUCUAGGGAAUAUACACUAACCAAAUGCCCCCAAUCUCUCUUCACAUAUAAUUUUAUCAUCUAUAAUGGAUAUAUAUCAUUUAAUUAUAUGGGCGUACCAACAUAUAUGUAAUCAUUCACCUGUUGUUGAACCUAUAGGUUGUUUCUAAUAUUCUGCCAUUGCAAUAAUAUUAUAACACUCUUCUUUUGCUAAUUUUUUUUGCAUUGCUUCUAUAGGCUAGAAUCUUAGAUAUUAAACUGAUAGGAUAAGAUAUAAAAUAAUUUAAGAUUGCUGUUAUAUGUUUUAAAAUUAAUUUGCUCAAGCAUUUGUGACAAUUUACAGUUCUAGUUGAGGUUUUAAAUUUAGUAGUUUGUAAGUAUUUUAAGUUUUGCCCCUGAAUUCUUUAUAGGUGCUGAUAAGCCUUUGGUAAGUUUUACUCCAUGAAAGACUAUUACUGAAAAAAACUUAAUCUCAAUAAAAGAACUUUAAUAAGCUUGACUAAAUAUUUAGAAAGCACAUUGUGUUCAGUGAAACUUUGUAUAUAAUGAAUAGAAUAAUAAAAGAUUAUAUUGGAUGACUAGUCUGUAAUUGCCUCAAGGAAAGCAUACAAUGAAUAAGUUAUUUUGGUACUUCCUCAAAAUAGCCAACACAAUAGGGAAAUGGAGAAAAUGUACUCUGAACACCAUGAACAGGGAACCUGAAAAUCUAAUGUGUAAACUUGGAGAAAUGACAUUAGAAAACAAAAGCAACAAAAGAGAACACUCUCCAAAAUAAUCUGAGAUGCAUGAAAGGCAAACAUUCACUAGAGCUGGAAUUUCCCUAAGUCUAUGCAGAGAUAAGUAGCAUAUUUGACCUUCACCAUGAUUAUCAAGCACUUCUUUGGAAUUGUGUUGGUGCUGCUGGCCUCUACCACUAUCUUCUCUGUAGAUUUGAAACUGAUUAUCUUCCAGCAAAGACAAGUGAAUCAAGAAAGUUUAAAACUCUUGAAUAAGUUGCAAACCUCAUCAAUUCAGCAGUGUCUACCACACAGGAAAAACUUUCUGCUUCCUCAGAAGUCUUUGAGUCCUCAGCAGUACCAAAAAAGACACACUCUGGCCAUUCUCCAUGAGAUGCUUCAGCAGAUCUUCAGCCUCUUCAGAGCAAAUAUUUCUCUGGAUGGUUGGGAGGAAAACCACAUGGAGAAAUUCCUCAUUCAACUUCAUCAACAGCUAGAAUACCUAGAAGCACUCAUGGGACUGGAAGCAGAGAAGCUAAGUGGUACUUUGGGUAGUGAUAACCUUACAUUACAAGUUAAAAUGUACUUCCGAAGGAUCUGUGAUUACCUGGAAAACCAGGACUACAGCAGCUGUGCCUGGGCCAUUGUCCAAGUAGAAAUCAACCGGUGUCUGUUCUUUGUGUUCAGUCUCACAGAAAAACUGAGCAAACAAGGAACAGACCCUUGAACGACAUGAAGCAAGAGCUUACUACAGAGUUUAGAAGCCCAAGGUUUCUGGUCCUCAUACCGUGUAGUUGAGUAAAAUCAAAACUUCCACGAUAGCAAUGCUGAUUGGACAAAGAAUGUGUUGUGGACACAAAACCAAACUCUGGAGGACAGAGGAUUCAUUCCAAGGGUCUGCUUGUAUUCAAUGACUGGUCUAUGUGGGGGUGUGAAGGCCCCUUACUCCACCUGUGAAGAGUCAUCCCAGCUUCAGACCACCCUCCCCAGCCUCCUGUUAUUGGCUAAGGCCAUUUUGUGACUACACUGCAGCAGUAUUCACAAUAGCCAAGAUAUGGAAUCAACCUAUGUGUCCAGCAACAGAUGAAUGGAUUUUAAAAUGUGGUAGAGAUGGAUUCCCGGAAAUACCUCCUCAAGGCCAGUGUAGAGCCCUCAAUCACCCCCUGCCCCAGCUUCUCCCUCUCUCAUCUCCUGCACCAAGCAGGUCUCCAGGUGUUCCAGUUGCUGAUGACGUACAGUGUGGAGUUGGUCCAGGAAGGUCAUGUUCAAUGCAGCAGAGGAGCGCUCUGUGUGAGAAGCUGAAGAGCUGCUGUAGCACGUCAUAGAGGAAAGACAUAACCUGGGCCUUCUGCAACUGGCUGACUUCCACCAUCUCCUGGGGGAAUCUGAAAUCACUUCUGUCCUUCAGACACAAGAAGGGAGAGAUUCUCCUCAUUUGGCCCAGAAGCACCAAGGUGUUCCUGCCUAGCAGGCCAUCGUUCUGAGGCAGGUCACAUCCUAGAGAUCCAGAAAAGCCACAGCUGCACACCUCUAGGGCUGCCAGUAGAGGGAAGAGGAGACAUUGGGAAAUCGGGAUGCUUUUGGCCUGGCUGAGCUGAGGUCUUCAUAGAACCUUGGAUCCUAGGUUCUAUGAAGACAUUCUAUCUAUGCAUGGCUUUAAUGGAGCACAAACAGUUUUCAUUUUUCUGAGCAUUUCUCUAAAUUUUUAAUUCCACUUAUUGUUUUCAUUUACAUGUCUUCUACAUCAGCAUCCACAACCUUUUGGCCACCAGUUUGGUGGAAGAUAAUUUUUCCACGAAAAAUGGGGUCAGGGAGGGAAUGUUUUUAGAGGCAUUAGAUUCUUAUUAGGAGACCACAACCUAGAUCCUUCGCAUCUGCACUUCACAAUAGGGUUCCUGCUCUUUUGAGAAUCUAAUGCCACUGCUGAUCUGACAGGAGGCGGAGCUCAGGCGUUAAUGCUGGUUGGUUGGCCUGCUUGCCUCCUGCUGUGCGGCCCUGUUCCUACCAGGCCAGGACAGUACCCCGGUCCAUGGUUGGGGGUUGAAAAACCUUCUUCUAUAUGACCUAAAAGGAGGUCAUCACUCUACACUCUUGAUUUUUGCAAUAGAAGUUCAAUAUUCCCAGUAAACUUAAGAUAUAUCAAUCCAAAUGGAUAUUGAUCGAUCAGAUGAGAAACAUCUUUGUGCUACUGUUAGAAGUAUAUACUUUUAGUCCAGAUCCUAGCCUCCAAUUUUACCCUCCAUUUUGCAUAGGAAAUCAGGAUCCCUGGGCCCUAUGGGUUUCUGUAUUCAGUUAGGGAAUUACCUAUCUCUGGAAAUUAAACUUUUUAGGACUAUCUUUGUUUGAUAUUUGAUUCACAGAAGAUGUUGAUGGUUAUUAGUGAAAGAACUUCUCUGGUGCUUCCCUCCUUCUAGAAUAUAUUCAUUCAGGUUCAUGUGGUUAUGCUUCCCUGGGGGCUCAAGCUUAGAUCAAUGAACAUUGCCUUUUUUGCAUUAUCUUCUUACUGGAGAAAUAUAGCACUCCUCAGGCUGUGCCAAUACCCCUAAAAGAAAUUCUGUUGGUUUGUUUUUUUUUUCCUUUUUAAGGUGCAUAUGGGUGUGGAAAUUUUAAUCUUAAAAUAAUGUUAUUUCCUCAGCAGUGAUGACUCACAAGGUAUUUAUCACAUCAAGUCAUUCCCUAAGUACAGGCUCACCACAUCCUGAUGACUUCAGAACUCCUUUCCCAAGGAGGUUCUUGCUUCUUUGUUGCCAAAACAAUAAAUCCUUUGUGACCUUUG